GUGACGUGCGUAUGGUGUCGGAACGCUUAGAGGUUAAGGUAGUGAGAGAAGUAAUCAGAUUUUUAUUAUGACGUUAAGUAAAUAGUGACAGUGCAGUGAUGGAUACACCAACAGGAGGGGGAAGAGAUUCCCGUUUUAAUAUGGGAUACAAUAUGUCUCUUUUAAGUGGUGAAACGCCGCCUGAAAUAUACGGAAGUACAAGCCAUGCGAGACCUACAACCUCUCUAACUUCUGGAGUGUCAAGGUCUUCAGUUUCGUUACCAAGUACUUGCAGUGCGGGUAUGACUCGUGGACUGAAGCGAACGUCUUCAGAUGUGUGUUUUGAACAAGAAGUGUCAGGUAGACCCAGCAUGUCAUCUCAAAGUGGGAUGGGCUUAUCAACGGACUGUGGCACUGACAUUGGGGACGAGGGCUACUCACAGGCCCAGAAAAAGACGCCGCCACCGAAUGGUAAAAAGACGAAGGGACGCGUUAAAAUAAAGAUGGAAUAUAUUGACAACAAACUUCGACGAUAUACAACUUUUUCGAAGAGGAAGACUGGUAUAAUGAAGAAGGCUUAUGAGCUUUCAACACUGACAGGGACCCAAGUGAUGCUUUUAGUGGCCUCUGAGACAGGCCAUGUCUACACUUUUGCUACCAGAAAACUGCAACCGAUGAUAACAUCGGAAGCAGGGAAAGCUCUAAUUCAGACAUGCUUGAAUUCCCCUGAUCCACCACCUUCGGGUGUUGGGGGCGACCAGAGGAUGUCUGCUACUGGGUUUGAGGAGACGGAGCUGACGUACAACAUUGGUGAUGAGGAGCAGAAAGAAGAGGCAAUGUCACCGCGGUCGGACGGUGCCGGCCAGGACAGCGCAGACUCCAGCGGCAACGAGUCCCCCGGACACGACGAUGCUGCGCGGGGCGGCUUAGAGCGCUACCAGGAGGCACCGGGGCCGGGCGCGGCGGCUCGCGUUCUGCCCCACCUCAUCUCCGCGAGCAUGGUGUCGCCCCCGUAUCCCGGUGUAAUGUACCAGACGUCCCAGGGCAUGGUGUACGCCUCGCCUUCAGGCCUCCCGAACGGGGUCAUCUUCAGCCUAAGCAGUCAGGGACAACUUCACCACGAGUCGGGUGGAUCAAGUCAGCAUCCAUCAGGUCAUCAGUUCCUCAUCCCUUUACAUAUACCACUGUCAGCAGCUGCUAACGGGUUGCCGAGUGAAGCAGCAGACCUCUCCAAAUCGAGAAAAUGAUGCUGGUUGAAUCAUUUGGUAAAAUGUAUUUCAGGGUGCAUUAUUCAAUGAUGAGAGUUAUGUUUUGUGGGGUGAUUUCAGGAAAAUGCAAAAGGUGUGAAAAUAAGUGACUGUAGAGAGCUGGUAUACAGUGAUGUAACUGAGUAGACAUUAUGGAAAGAGACUGGAUUUUCUUUCUCUUCGUUCCCCUUACAUUGUCAUUUUUUAUGUAUGGAUCUGGUUGCAAUUAAUUUUAAUUGGAAAUGGAUAAAAUGCU